CAAGCCCAUCCAUCGCGUGCACAGCCUCCAUCCUUUAGCAUCUCGCUAUGUCCAGCCAGGGGCCGCUCCAGGAAAGAGUGAGCCAGAGCCUGACAGCAGCGCAGCAGACAGCUGCAGAAGGCUACAAGGCCACGAAGGAGCUAGUGGGUGGCAAGGCCACCCAGGAUGAUAAUGCCGAGGAUGCGGGCCUGCAGGAGAAGAUCGCGCAAGGCCUUGAGUCUGCGCAAGAGAAGGCGUCCGAGGGCUACGAUGCUGCCACGACAACAGAGGACCACGGACUGCAGGAGAAGAUCGAGCAAGGCCUUGCGACCGCGCAAGACAGGGCGGCUGAGGGCUACGAUGCUGCCAAGGAGAAGGUGCAGCAAGUGGCUGAGAACCCUUCAGACGAGACACAGUUCAUGGACAAGGUGCAAGGCGGUCUAUCCGCUGCGCAGGAGAAAAUGGUUCACGGCUAUGAGGCUUUCAAGCACAAGCUGGUUGGUGUGCAAGCUGAGAAGCCCAAUGUGCCUGACGCCAAAGAGAAGGUGAAGGAAGGCAUUGAAGCCGCGAAGCAGACGGGGCCCGUUGAGGCGACCAAGGCUUUCACUGGCGAGAAGGAGGAGGGCAAGAGUGGCAAGGUUGGUGGUUCGUGAAGGGCGCGACAAGACCCAAUGUGAGUUUUGAGUGGUUGCCAGUCACUCCGUACAGCUUGAUUUGUUCUGCUUCCCUGUACUUACUCAGUCCAUCACUUUUCCUGUUGAUGCUGCAUGCAGAUGCCAUAUAUUG